CAAAUAUAUAGACUCUAAAACUUAGGAAGUACAACCUCCAUAAACUACCCACUACUCUAAAACGUAUCCAUAAAAUAAGAACGUGAUUAAUAAUUAUCCAACCUAUAAGGCUAUAACUAACUAAUCUAUGUAUAACGUAAUUUAACUAUUAUAUAUUAGUAUAAAACAGUAAAAACAUCCCAUAAUAUUCCUGGCAUAACCGACAUCAAAAUAUGGUGUGCAACAAAUGGCUGCAAAAUUGCAAAUUGAAGGGGCGGCUUUUGGAAAAAGGCAUAAAAAGAAGUAGCAAUAUGGAAAUUAGUAAAUUAUUAUUCGUAAAGGCAUAAAUAAAACAGAAUAGAAUAAAAACCAACCAGCAGAGAGCAUUUGGAUUCUACUCUGUAUUAUGUUGUUGGUGUUAAAAAUCAUCGUAUUCAUCCCUUCAACUUCUCUUCUCUCUGUUUCUCAGUGAUGAAUUCUCUGUUCUGAGAUAUCUCAAGCCUUUUUUUUCCCUUUUACAAUUGAUUAAUCUUUGCAUGUUGUCAAAACGUUCAACAUUUUGAUGCAAUUGGGAGUACAAAUUCUAUUCUGAUUCAUUCAUUCUCAUCAGAAUUCGACCAUUUCCACACUCGUUUUCAUGGCUAAUAAUCCCACAGAGCCUUCCUCCGACGACUUCCUCGAUCAAAUUUUGGGAUAUCCUGCCUACGCCGGAGGUUCCGGCUCCAAUUUAGCACUACACCCGGGAAGAAAUGAAGCCUCUGGUCUUGCUGGAGCGCCACCGCCUACUAUGAUGCUCCAACUGAGCUCCGGCGACGGCUCCGGGCAUCACCUCGGAAGCCUCGGGGUCGGCCUUGGCAUAGGCGUUGGUCUUGGGGUUGGCGGUGCCGGUUCCUUUCACGGUGGUAAUUUUCCGUUGGGCUUGAGCUUGGAUCAAAGUAAGGGAGGGUUUAUGAAGAUGGAUGAAGCUUCUGGGAGUGGGAGUGGGAGGAGAUUCUGCGACGAGGUUAUCGACGGCAGAGCUGCCGUUUCUAUCGGCAGACCUACUUUUCAUGGACAACCAUUGCCAAACUCAGUUCCGGUGGCUCCACAUCCACCGGCUAUGCGGCCUAGGGUGCGGGCUAAGAGAGGUCAAGCGACGGAUCCCCACAGUAUUGCUGAGAGGUUACGCCGAGAAAGAAUAGCAGAGAGGAUUAGAGCAUUGCAAGAGUUGGUUCCAAAUGUCAAUAAGACUGACAGGGCUGCAAUGCUUGAUGAAAUUGUCGAUUAUGUGAAGUUCCUCAGGCUCCAAGUGAAGGUUUUGAGCAUGAGUAGAUUGGGGGGAGCUGGUGCUGUGGCACCACUUGUGGCGGAUAUGCCACUAACAUCUGUUAAGGUAAACAACAUCAGGCUGUUUAAUGUUGUUUAAGCUCUUGUUUUAACUGUAUUGUUUAUCCAAUUUCUGUGUGGUUCAAAGGAAGAUGGCAGUGAAGGUGGAAGAGCGCAACCACCUUGGGAUAAAUGGUCAAGUGAUGGCACUGAACGUCAGGUAGCAAAGCUGAUGGAAGAAAAUGUCGGUGCAGCAAUGCAGUUUCUUCAAUCAAAAGCUCUAUGCAUUAUGCCAAUAUCUCUUGCCUCAGCUAUUUGUCACGCACAGCCACCAGAUGCCUCCAUCCUUGUGAAGCCUGAAACAAAUUCUCCUCCUUAAAUCUCAUCAACAUCGCGCCAUUGGGAUGCUGCAAUAUUUGUUGAAAGCACAUCAAUCCCGUGGCCUGUAGGUGAUUAUUUUUACUUAUUUGACCAUUAAGGCAAUCCGUUUUGCUUUUGUCUGAUUGAAAUCUAAGUCAGAUUCCAUGAAAGCGCCUUUCUGCCGCCUUUAUAACUCUUUUUGGGACUGUGUCUGUCUAUAAUGUCUAAAAUAAUAGGAAGGUACAGGUUGUUUCUUGCUAGAUUGUAGUAGCCGAGAAGGAAAUGUCAAAGUUCUCUUUGAUAUGCUGUGCUUUAAUCUAAUCAAACGAUGUGACAUUAUGAGAAUAGUGGUAGAUGAUGAAAGCACCUUUGUAGUGGGGAGCUAGCAUUUUGAUAGUGGGUGUUGGGACCCUUUUAGAAGAGCAGCAUUGUAUUGCACUUGCACAUAUGAUCUUGUGAUGUAAUUCUAAUUUCUAAUGAUUUUCAGCUCUAGUGGAAUUCAGAUUUAGAAUGGAUAAAUGCUCUGUCCCCAGAAAGUUGGAUUUGUAGUCCAACUAAGUUCAAUUGUUUGUGGGGGCUUAUGUUUUGUAGUGGGAUAGUUGGUUCCCAAAAGCAGUUUUUGACUUCUCGCUAAAAUUUCCAGAAAGAAUUAUUGAUGCGUGUGUUUGGUGGCAACAAAGAGGAAUAGAGAGCAUUUGAGUAGUUUGAGGUGUUGUUAAGAGGAACAGACGCUGCAAUGCGGCAUUCCGGUUAAAUGUUUCUCCACCUGUUCUUAGGGGUUUUUUUUUUUGUUAAAUCUAAACUUCCUUGCCUCACACUUCAUAUU